AUGGGGGGGGCCGUAGGCUUGUUGGGGAUUCACUGCCGGAACAGCAGCAGCAGCAGCAGCAGCAGCAGCAGCAACGCUGCAGCAGCUGUUGCUUCUCCUGAAUAUGCGGAGGCUCAGCUGCAGCAGCAGGAACAGCAGCAGCACGAGGAUCAUCAGCAGCAGCAGCAGCAAGAACAGCAGCAACAGCAGGAGGAGGAGAAGCAGCAACAGCAACAGCAGCAGCAGCAGCAGCAGCAGCACGAGGAUCAUCAUCAGCAGCAGAGAGCAUGGGAGGAGUUAUCUCUUCAUUCUAUAUCUGACGACAACUUUGAUGACUUAGAAGAUUUAGGGGGGCCCCCGGGGCCCCCUGCUUCCUUUAAUCAAGAGAGAAGCAAGAGCUCUCGAGCUGCUGCUGCUGCUGCUGCUGCAUCGUCUCAGCCAGCAGCAGCAGCAGCAACAACAAGAACAAAGCGAGGGAGACCUCGCAGGCGGAGGACCAGCCCUGCAGCAGAAACAGCAGCAGCAGCAGCAGAAGACGUUGAUGCAGCAGCAGCAGCAGCAGCAGCAACAGACUGCAGCAGCUUUGACGAAGACGUCCCCUUAGAUGCUUCCUCUCUUCUCUCUUCUUCCUUCUGCACAAAGCAGCAGCAGAAGCAGCAGCAGCAGCAGCAGCAGCAGCAAAAGCAGCAGAACAGCGAAGACUCCAAGGAGCAUACAAACUCAGCAUACACCGACAGCAGCAACAGCAGCAGCAGCAGACGCAGCAGGAAGCGGCUUCGGGGGGGCCCCACAAAGGCGUAUAUAGAAGCAGAGGACAGCUGCAGCAGCAACCCACCCAGCAGCAGCAGCAGCAUCACAACAACCACCAGCAGCAACUGCAACAGCAGCAGCAGCAGCAGCCUCCCCUCCUUAGACGAAGUCAACAAGGCGACACCGCUGAGUGCACGGAGAAGACAGGCGCUGAACAAGAAAAAGAAAUUGCUGCAGCAGGAAGCAGAGGCUCUCGCAAAGGAGGUUGAGGUGCUGCGCCAAGAAGGGCCGCUGGAUUCAGAAGAGACAAAACAGCAGCACUGGAAGGCGAUGCUGCUGCAGCAGCUGCAGCAGCAGCAGGCAGCAGCAGCUGCUGCAGCUGCUGCAGUGACACCUGAUGCAGACGGGUGGGCCCCUCUUGGCUCCAAAUUGCCGCAGAUAAGCGUGAGGCUGGCGGUGCUGCGGCGCGACGGGUCAGAGGAGAAAAACAAAAAAUUUAAUCACGUCCAGCUGCCCAAGGAGGCGACUGUGGGGGAGGUUGCUGCUGCAGUAGCAGCAGCAGUUUCGCUGCCAGUUUGCUGCUGCAGGUUAAUUGUGUUUAGUCUCGAUGGAGACAGAAUCCCUCACGAGACCCAAAUAGGCAGCGCCGAGCUCGAUAUAGAAGAGGGAACGCAAAUCGAUGUGCUGCUGCCGGCCCCGCAGGGCCCUCUCCCCCAUCAGCAUGGAGCUGGAGGGGCCUCCCAGUCGCCCCCCUUGCCGGAGGCUGAACACCAAGACGCGGUGCCGCUCGCUGACGGCUCGCUGUUGAUACUUGACUAG